AUGCAGGCAGGCAUGCCUCUUGUGCUGUGCAUGGCUCUGGCCCUCUUACCACCUCGCCUUGCACAAUGCUUGGUGUUGGUGGACUCAACGGUGGUGCGCAUCAAUCCCAUCCAAGACGUUGCCAUCCUCGAGGUGCAGCGCAAGCUGGUGCCCCCGGUGCUGGACUGUGGUGUCUCGGCUGGCGACAAGUACUACGUCCACGGCCAGUCCACGCAGGCACAAGCGGACGCCACAUCCAUCAGCCACGGCAUGGUGGCGGCGACCGAGCUGGAUGCGCACAGCCACAUCCGCGGUGAUAUUGUUGCGGGUGCCGGUGAUUCAGGUGGCGGCUGCUUCUCGGUCGACACCGGCAAGCUUGUGGCCAUGGUGGUCGGGUCUGACACUCGUACAAACAAAGCCAUCCUGGUGCCCAGUGCAGUCAUAUGCAGCAUCCUGUCAGACCUGUCGGCGACCUUGGGGGCUGCAGGAGCAGCCACCUGAGCAUACAGUGUCCAGCUGACAAUGUACCCGGUGUGGUGAUGGGUGGCCAGAGCAAGCUAGCCUGUCGCCAGGAUGGGAGGCAGGGCUGCUGUGUGUGUCUGUUGACCUGACCGCGGCAUACUCUGGUCGCCUGGCUGGUUGUGUGGGUGGGUAGGUUCAACUGAGAGUGCGUGCAGCGGAGUGGCAGGUUGGGCUCAGGAGUGGCGGUGCCCAGUUGUGGUGGAGGCGGCAUCCAGCAGCGGCUGCUGGUGGUGCUGACUGACCAUAAUGUCCGAGGAUGGGCUACAACGCGACACCUUCAUUCCGACCCAUUUAGACCCAUUUAGCCUAGCCAACACCGCCCCCUGUUACUGACAUGUAUGGGUGGCCUGUGGCCUUCCGGGGCACGCCAACCAUGUCCCAUCAAAUCUGGUUCGGAGUCUUAGUGGGGAUUCAGUUAAUCAGUGGUUGUACGAUUGUGGAUUGAGACCGGUGGGCCAAACGGGAGGUAGGCGUGACUACCCUGCUGCUCGAGGUUAGUCGCUUUCAGGCAACCCUGGCACGUUAUGGCAUGGGGUGCGCUGGGAGAAUGAGAACAAGGAGACCAUGUGGCGUCUCGCCGUGAAUGGCAUGCCCCUACCUGGCUUGUUUGGUGGGCUCGUUACACCUCUCUGAGUAAUGCAACCGAGAUGCAACAGACACACACACACAUGUAUACACAUACAUCUC